GUUGCAGUCUCUCAUAUCUCGCAACCCACCUGAAAGAAUUGGAGAGGGUCGAGAGAGUUGUGUGUGUCAAAGAUGAGGACUCUUCUAGUAGCUCCUUCACCUCUACGCACCUUUUCCCCAUAUUCACGCUUUCUUUACUCUAAUCUCAACAAUAAUGCUACUCAUAACUACCUUCUUUCACCUUCUCCAUCUAAAUCCGUUUCCUCACUAACCUCAACUCUUCCUCUUUUCGCCAUGGCUUCUCAGAAUGUAUCAUCUGGUGAUGAAGUUGAUAUCUUUCAGUUGAUUGGAGCUCAUCAGGAAAAGGCUGCUAGGCUAUCUCCUAUAGAAGAUGUUAGAACACUUCUUCAUUAUAGCCUGCGUGGUGUGCUUUCUACUUUCUCUCAGAAGUAUGAGGGCUAUCCUUCAGCUUCCAUGGUUGAUUUUGCAUGCGAUGCCUAUGGAUCUCCAAUAUUAGCCGUUAGCAACUUGGCUGUUCACACCAAGGACCUCUUAGCUACUUCUAGAUGCUCAUUGCUUGUUGCAAGAGAUCCUGAAGAUAGGACUGACUUAGUAAUUACAGUGCAUGGUGAUGCUGUUCUUGUACUGGAAACAGAGAAAGAAGGUAUUCGAGCCACAUAUUUGGCUAGGCAUCCUAAGGCAUUUUGGGUUGACUUUGGUGACUUCCAAUUCAUGCGCAUUGAACCCAGAAUUGUACGUUAUGUAUCGGGCGUUGCAACUGCCAUAUUGGGAUCUGGAGAAUUUAGCAAAGAAGAGUUUAGAACAGCUAAAGUAGAUCCAAUAUACCAAUUUUCGAAGCCAAUCACGUCACAUAUGAAUAAAGAUCAUGCCGAGGAUACCAAGCUGAUUGUGCAGCACUCAACUUCAGUUCCGGUGGACUUUGCCUACAUGUUGGAUGUAGACAGUCUUGGUUUUAAUGUCAAGGCUUGCUACCAGGACAACAAUUUCAAGCUUCGAGUUCCAUUCCCUAGACGUGCUGGAGACAGAAAAGACGUGAAGGCACUUAUUGUUGAAAUGCUUCAGGCUGCCAGGACUUAGGGUCAUUGAUUAACCAUUAUAAUUUUCCAUUCCAGCUUCAUAUUGGUGUGGGAGUUCUAUAUCAUGUAAAUAUUUUGAAACACAGCUCUGUGGAAUGCAUGUUUCACAAUGAGAUUUCAAGAUUCCUAAGCAUAUAUAUGUAAUCUGAUAGCAAACCAGCCAUUUUAGUGAUCAUCUGGCUCUGGUGAAGUUUCUCAAAUUCACCUUCUGAUAAUACACUAAUUUUUGCCAAUAUUACGUAUCAUAAGUUUAAUAGUAACAAAUCAGCCCA